AUGGGUUUCUGGUUCUCUGCUACCUCUGCUGCUGCUGUUGCCAUCGCUGCUGCCACCAGUGCGACCACUGCUGCCAUCGCUGUUGCCACCUGGCCCACUAUUUGGGUGGCCAAAUCUCCUGCGUGUUCACCUCACUCACCCCUUUCUCAUCUUGGAGGAAUCGCUGCCACCACGAUUGCCACCGCCACCGCCGCCGCCCAGAAGGAGGUCAGAGACCCCGCAAGGCCGCAUCCACCGCCAUGCCUAAGAAUAAAGUGCUUCACCUCACCAGGUAAAGGAGGUAAAAAUAGACGCAGAGGUAAGAAUGAAAAUGAGUCUGAGAAAAGAGAGCUGGUGUUCAAGGAGGAUGGCCAAGAAUAUGUACAAGUAAUCAAAAUGUUGGGGAAUGGACGAUUAGAAGCUAUGUGUUUCGAUGGUGUGAAAAGGUUAUGUCACAUCAGAGGAAAAUUGAGGGAAAAGGUCUGGAUAAAUACCUCAGAUAUCAUAUUGGUUGGACUCCGAGAUUAUGAGGUUAACAAGGCUGAUGCCAUUUUAAAAUACAAUGCGGAUGAAGCUAGAAGUCUGAAGGCAUAUGGCGAGCUUCCAGAACAUGCUAAAAUCAAUGAAACGGAUACAUUUGGCCCAGGAGAUGAUGAUGAAAUCCAGAUUGAUGACAUUGGUGAUGAUGAUGAGGACAUUGAUGGUAUCUAA